ACCGUAGCAGUUUGUUUUGAAUAAAAACAAAAGUGCUCAUCCGCUAUAGUCUUGUGUGCCGUCACAUGAAUAUCCUUUUCCGGAAACGGUUACGUUGCGUUGCAUCCGUUUUGAUGUGAAUUUUUAAAAUUUUGAACGAAUUUAAUUCGAUACAUUUGGCUUGUUUUAAAACCAAUUUAAUCCUUUUAACCUUUAUAAUUUAACCUUAUAAUUAUAAUUAAUAAGUUUCUUAAAAAAAACCAACAAAAAUGAAUUUAAAAGUUCUUCUAUACACAGUGUUCAUAACAAUUGGCAUAACAACAGCUUCACAUUGGGGAUACCCUGAUCUUGAUGCAGAUGAAGCAUUUCCAAUGUGGGGAGGGCUUUGUGACACAGGCACACAUCAAAGUCCAAUAGAUCUUAGUCAAAAAGGAGCACUUAAGGCUGAAUAUGAUGACCUCGACUUUCAUAAUUACAAUAGAGCACAUACUGGAGUCUCUGUGGUGAACAACGGACAUUCAAUUCAACUAUCAAAAUUCCAAUACCCUAUGAAACUCGAACGUGGGCCACUACUAGAAGGAUAUGAAGUAGAACAAAUACACUUGCAUUGGUGGUCAGAACACACCAUUGACAAUGUUCGUUAUCCCAUGGAAGCGCAUAUAGUGCAUCGUAACAAACGUUAUCCCAAUAUGACAAUGGCCGCUAACUUUAAGGAUGGUCUAGCUGUUAUUGGAGUUUUGUAUCAUGUCUCAAAUCAGGAAAAUGAAGCAAUUGAUACGGUUUUGGAAUACUUGGAUGAAGUGAAGAGUUAUAAAAAUAUGAAUCAAGAAGUUCAUAUGAAGCGGCCGUUUGUGGUACGUGAUCUGUUUCCAACCGUAGCAGGCUAUUUAACUUACGCUGGUUCAUUGACAACUCCAAGUUGUGCAGAGUCUGUAACUUGGAUUGUAUUACUUGAAACUUUUCCAGUUACAAUGGAACAAGUGGAAAAAUUCAAGCAAACUGAAUGUGAUGGUGGCAGGAAACUAAAGAAUAAUUAUCGCAUUAUUCAGAAGAGCAACAACCGUCCGGUGUUACUAGUUUUGAAUAAUAGAACGGGUGCUGCUGCACCUGUAGGAGUUUCCAUUGGGUUAGUAGUGCUAGCUGCAUUGUUAGCUAGAUUCCUGAAUUAAUAAAUGUAAUGUAAUUAAUGUGUGUAACUAAAAUUGACAUAUUUUUACUUGAUACCAAAGAUCGUUAUUUUGGGCUAUUAAAAUUCAGCAAGUUUUAAUAACAAUUUUUUAUGUAUUCAGAAAAUAA